AGUGUAAUGUGGCAAGACCUCGAAAACCUCGUCAGCUGCUUGGGACUAUAAGCGGUGGUAAAAAUAUCUUGAUCAUGAACGGGACAACUUUCAGGCUGGCACUUGUAAACGCGAACAUGAAGAGGUGCCACCUACGACUCGGGUUGUUCAUUACCCAUCACUUUGGUUGUCCGGAAUACCCGCCAUCCUUUUCUAACUCCCAAGUCAAGUUUCACCGCCCUCCAUGGCCAUCACACCAAUCUCCACUCUUCCGUCACUUUCGCUGUCCUCGUCCUUCUCCAGUGAUUAGUGAAGGCAUGUUUUUAGCUCAUGGAUGCCAGGCAUGCCGCCGUGUGGCCGUCGCCCCCUUUCCUCCGCCCAACUCAUCUUAUAUUAUACCGCCGAUAAUGAUAAUGCCAGACAUGCCGUCACGGAGUUAUUCAGCAUCGAUAUAUCCGGCCUCAACCGCAUCUCCCAGGCCCGCAGGUAUGGAGGAUUGUAGUACUGCUCGUGUCUUAUCAGAAUCAUCAUCGUAUCUCGAGAAUUCCAGAUAUAAAAUGAAUAUUCCCCUCGCAACUGCUGCAGGACAACCUUAUCGCAUUCGUGAAUGGCAACUCGAACGACAUUGAUAGCUUCGGAUCCAUUUUGAGAUCCUUCGUCGAAGUUGGACGAGCAUAGAACAUAGUAGACAUGUCUCCUUAACUUUGUUUGGGAAAAAAUAAUCUCGUAUCCCCAUGAGUCAAUGUUC